AUGUCCGUAAUUGCUAGAAAGAACUUAGAAUGUCUCAAAGUUACACAUUUCGAAAACCUACCCGAUGUGAUUUUAUUCAAGAUCUUCAGUUACUUGUACAUCGGAGACCUGUGCAGAGCUGGCCGAGUUUGCUUAAGAUGGUAUCAGUUGACUAGGUGUCAGAUCCUUUGGAAGCAUGUAGACACUCAUGAUAUGCAAUUGACUUCACACCAGAUUCAAAAAUUUGUCCCCAUUCUUCCAUCCGGUGUAAUUUACCUCAGGAUAUGUAGCCUGUCGACACAACAGCGAAUCCCAUUCAUCACCCCUCACACUGCUAACGAAAUCAGAGAACGAUGUCCCCAAUUGAAGACUUUAAUCAUUGAAAGCGCUUUCAUUGCAAAGCAUGUGAAUUUCACCGACAUCACUGUGGAAGAUUUACCUCAAAAGCUCGUCGUCCUCUCUCUCCGCAAAUCUUUCUUUCACACUGAUCAGUUCUUCUGCAGCGUGAGUCACCCUACCAUACCAAAGAUUAAAGUCCUCGACUGCAGUUCUUGUUGGUGUGUCUCGGACAAUGACAUACCGUUCUUUUCUAGGCUCGGUGAUUUGCAAGAGAUAUAUCUAGCCGGUUGUCCCAUUUCGGAUGUCGGCGUUGUGAUGCUCCUCAAAGCUAUUGAGAAUUUGAAGGUUCUCGAUUUAGAAGCGACAGCUGUAGGUGAGCAGACGGUGAUGUCCUUGAGUCAAAAUUGCCAAUCCUUAGAGAAACUUUUCCUUGCAAAUACAGGCGUUACCGACGAUCACCUGCUUUCGUUGCAAAGUACUUCACUUCCGAUGCUGCAGAUAAUUUGCUUGCGUAGGACAUCCGUGACGAGCACUGGUCUGCACAUGCUGUUGUCCUCCGUUCGUAACUUGAAGUAUCUGAGUGUAUCUCGAAGUGAUUCUGAAGCGGACAAUGAUUUUGAAUUGAAUGAUAUCAUGCCUUCCAAAAGAAAAUUGAUAGUGAUUGAAAAUGAAGUAGAUGAGGAAUACUGUGAUCAUUUCUUCCUUAGGAAGAAUCGGUUUGACAAUUGA